CAUGGUAGGAGAUAUGUUGGGCAAGUACUGGUUGUACUUGUACUUACAGUUAGUAGUUUGGUACAUUUCCCCCCUUUCUAAAUCUUCACUUCAACCUUCCUGUCAGCAUAUGCUGCUAAAUCUACUCUCCCCCAACCUUCAAAUUCAUCUAACCCCUCAAUCUCUUCACAAAUUAGGGUUUACAUCUGUAUUCUAAAUUUCAAUCCCUAUAUUCUGUAAUCAAUGGCUUGUUGUUCAAUUCAAUCCAUGGUCCCUUCAAUUUCUGGCCUCUCUUCUUCGUCUUCCUUUUCUUAUCCUUCUGUAAUUGUUUUGCCUGUAAAAUGCGUCAAGAGAAUUGCUAAGAAACUUGAAGUGUGCAGAGCAAUGGUGCAGCAGACUUCGGUUCCGGGAGCAUCUGCUACUUAUGCUAAGGAGAUGGAGAGACUCUCUGCCAAAGAGUCUUUGCUUCUCGCUUUCAAAGAUGCUGGAGGGUUUGAGGCUCUAGUUACUGGAAAGACAUCAGAUAUGCAAAAAAUCGACGUGAAUGAGAGGAUAGUUGGUCUCGAGAGGCUUAAUCCAACACCUCGUCCAACAACAUCUCCAUUUUUUGAAGGUCGAUGGAACUUUGAAUGGAUUGGAUACGGAAGCCCUGGAUUAUUUGCUGCUAGACUAUUAUCAGAGAGAUUUCCUGCAACAUUGGCAAAUUUGUCUAAGAUGGAUGUGGUGAUUAAGGAUGGAUAUGCAAAGAUUACCUCAAACCUGAAGUUUCUGAAUGCGAUCGAAAACAAGCUCGUUUUAACUACAAAGUUAACAGUGGAAGGCCCGCUUAGAAUGAAGGAAGAAUAUACCGAAGGUGUGCUUGAAACUCCAACAGUUGAUGAAGAGACAAUCCCGCAACAGUUAAAAGGCUUUUUGGGUCAAGCCGCUAAUACCAUGCAACAACUUCCAGCUCCAAUUAAGGAUGCUGUUUCUGGUGGUUUUACAAUUCCCCUCAAUGGAGCUUUUGAGAGGCUGUUUAUGAUUUCUUAUCUUGAUGAAGAGAUCCUGAUUAUAAGAGACACGGCUGGGGUACCAGAAGUGCUUACACGAUUGGAUGUUGCACAACCUCCCGUUGAUCCCAUUGAAGUAAGCUGAUCGAGUUGAAACAAAUAUGUACGGCAUUUCAUUUAUUAUUUGAACAACAUAUAUAUGAGUAAUGUUAAAUCAUGGGAAGCACAUGAAAUAAUAUCAGUGGUUUCUAAUUUGGUACAACUAACAAUGAUCAUGAAAAAUGGUCACUGAAUGAUAUCUUCAAGGCAACGCCACUCGAAUAUUCGGUAA